AAAAAUUGAAACACAAAUCUAAGCAAACAAUUGGUCUUCCAUUCAUCAAUUUAUAUCAUGCCAUUACGUGCUCCCCGAUGGAUUAAUUUUAUGCUUCGAUUUUUCUAGUUUUGUCUGUAUUCCGAUUCCCGAAUCGAUCGAUACGAUACGCGCAGUCAGUAAUUCUGAAGUUUCUCAUGCAGAUAUGAGGCGCUCUAGGUAGCCAUGGCCGGCGGUUAUUUAAUUGGAAGAUGAAGCAGCGUAAGAUCAAUUUAGGUUAAUCGAAGAAGAAACAAACGAGGAGGAGCGAUUGGGGAAUCUUCUGUGUGUAUGUGUGUAAAAAGCGUAACGGAAGUUGAUAAUGGAAGGUGAAGCCCGAAUUCAUCGGGCUUUUGUAUUCAAUUUCAAAAGCCCUUCGUCGGCGUUCCUGCUGCUGACGGUCGCCGGAAUCGUCGUCCUUAGCCUCCACGUCACGAGGGAGGCGGUUUUCCCGUUCGGUUCGGUUUCGGAGGAGCCAUUGGAGGGGAGCUGCUGCAGUCAGCUGGAUUCGCCGCGGAAGGAGAUUAAAUCGAUUGUGGAGUUCGGCGGUGUCGGAGAUGGGAAAACGUCGAAUACGGCGGCGUUCCGGCGGGCGAUUGAGCAUAUGGCGAAUUUCGCCGGCAGAGGUGGGGCCCAGCUAACCGUACCCGCAGGGCGGUGGGUCACGGGAAGCUUCAAUCUCACCAGCGAUUUCACGCUUUUUCUAGAAGAUGGAGCUGUCAUUUUGGGAUCUCAGGACCCUCAAGAAUGGCCCAUCAUCGCGCCAUUGCCAUCAUACGGACGAGGCCGGGAGAGGCUUGGGGGGAGACACAUUAGCCUCAUCCACGGCAACUCUUUGCGCAACGUUGUCAUUACAGGGCAUAAUGGGACGAUUGACGGGCAGGGGAAGUGGUGGUGGGAUCUAUGGUGGAACAAGACAUUGGAGCACACGAGGGGCCACCUCGUCGAACUCAUGUAUUCAGACAACGUCGUCAUCUCCAACCUUACUUUCCUCAACUCCCCUUUCUGGACCGUCCACCCCGUCUACUGCAGCAAUGUUGUGAUCAAGAAUAUGACAAUCUUGGCGCCUCUGAACGCCCCAAACACAGACGGCAUAGAUCCGGAUUCAAGUACAAACGUUUGUAUCGAAGAUUGCUACAUCGAAAGCGGCGACGACUUAGUCGCGAUAAAAAGCGGUUGGGACCGUUACGGCAUUGCCAUGGCUAGACCGAGCAUAAACAUCACCGUAAGGCGCGUCUCGGGGACAACUCCAACAUGUUCGGGCAUCGGCAUAGGCAGCGAGAUGUCUGGCGGGAUCAGAGAUGUUGUAAUCGAGGACAUGUACGUAAGAGACUCGGCGGCGGGGAUACGCAUCAAAACCGACCAGGGGAGAGGCGGGUACAUAACUAACGUGACGAUUCGCAACAUUAUGAUGGAAAGAGUAAAGGUCCCGAUACGAUUCAGCAGAGGCUCCAACGACCAUCCCGACGAGAGAUGGGACCCUAACGCGCUGCCGAGAGUGAAAGGGGUGUUUAUAAGCGACGUAAUGAGUUUGAACUCGAGGAAAGCCCCGCAGCUCGAGGGGAUCGAAGGGGCAACGUUUGAGGAUAUUUGCUUGACGAAUGUUAGUAUACUCGGUUUAUCGUCGUCGUCGCCCUCGUCUCUGCGGUGGAACUGCAAGUUCGUCGAAGGAUUUAGCAGUGGGGUGUCUCCGAUCCCUUGCGCCGAGCUGCAAAAGAAUGGGUCCUCGUCGUUUUGCUCAAUCGGGCGAUGACGAGGAACGGGAGUCGAUUGGAUUCAUUCAUUUGUUCGUUAUAUAUAUAAGUUGUUUGAUGUAAUAUUUUGGUUGACGAUGAGUUGAGUUUUACUAUACAAAAACGCAAUUAAUUCAAUAGAGAAAUGAAUAGGGAGUAGGAAUUAUUAUUAUUAUUAUUAUUUCUGCUGGUUCCAUUUCCAGAAGACGUUGGAGCCACACUUGUAGAUGUCUUUGCCUUUGCAUUCGAUGUCGAGGUCUUCAGAGAGAAAAGGGACUUUGCCCUGCUUGGCCAGAUCUUGGCAGCCGGUGAAGUUCUCAGGGAACUUGCACGUGCCGAACUGCACGGUGUAGGCACGUGCGAAGUUGGCGUUUGUGGUCGCCAGCCUCUUCUUGUCGUUCAAUUCCUGCCAUUUAUUUAUUUAAUUAUUUAGGAAAAUGUAAUAUAAUAGUCUUAAUUGAUGAUUGUGAUUGAUUAAUUAGGUUUACCUUGUUGGCCUGGCUUUUGGCCAAGUAAUCAUCGAUGACGCCGGCGUUGGCGGUGGCGGUGGCGGUGACGGUGGUGGCGGCAAAGAGGGCGACGCCGAGGCCGAUGAGGGCGGCUUUUCUGCCGGAGGGUUGGGGUUGGGGUUGGGGUUGGGAUUGGGAUUGGGCUUUGACGAGGAGUGGAAGGGAAGGGAGUUUAGAGGAGGAGGAGGAGGAGGAGGGCAGGGAAUUAGGGUUGAUUUGAAUGGGUGAGAUGGCGUAGGUGGAGGAGGCCAAUAGGUGAGCAG